CGCACGGAUGUGCAAACCGGAGCUCUUCAAAGUAACCAAAGUGUGGCAUCUCACUAGUGGGUUUUCAGCAGCGUCAUGCUGCCGCAAUCAGCCAAUCAGGACUCGGGAACACACACUUCCGGACAGCCCACAAUGAGCAAUGAAACCCGCGAGUCAAACCAACGCGAGGACAGCAUCUCCAGUGUGGAAAACCUUUCUCCGAGAGCGCAGGUUAUCCGAUCAAAACUCCUGAACAUGGCGGACCUCUGCGGCCUCCUCCCGGCGCUCGAGGAGCACAAAGACAGGCCGCAACACAGCGUCAAGGAUGUGACCGAUCUGGAGCGAUACACCAGUCUGGAGAAUGAAUAUAAUCAUUUAGUGAAGUUUGAAAUCAGUUACCACAGAAGAAAAAACAUUACUCUGGAGCAACGCAGACUGAAUCGGGUGCUGAACCGUCAUUCCAGAUACCCUCCUCUGAAUAUGUUUGCACACUGGAUCCUAGAGAGUAGUCCGUUUAGAGCUCUAAUGCUUUUCCUUGUCAUUUUGAAUGUUUCUUUACUAUCAGUAGAAGCAGAGUUUCAUGACUAUAAGGAUCUGAGAAUAGACAUCCUUUUGGUGGUUCUACAGCUACUGAACUGGUCUAUACUACAAGUUUACGUUUUGGAAAUCAUCCUGAAGUGGCUGGACGACUUCUGGCUGUUUUGGAAAUGCCCAUGGAACGUCUUUGACUUCGCCGUGACUCUGAUGCCUAUUCUUCCAGCGAUCGUCCCCGAGACCUUCAGAGGUGCGUUAAUAUCGCAAAAUUUUUUAAAACUUCUCGUCCAGUUUCGUGUCCUCCGGUGUUUGAAAAUCGUUUCCAGAUUCCAGGAUAUUCGUCUCAUGUUGCAGAUAAUCUACCAUGCAUUUGGGACCGUGAAAUUGAUUUUCCCAGUCUUGUUAAUGAGCUUUUUAGUUUUUGCUGUGUUUGGAGUAGUUCUGUUUGAAAAAUACACCAGCUCCAACGUUGAAGGACUGCUCUACAAGAAUGAUUUCAAAGAUUUAUCCAGAGCAUUCAUCACACUCUUCAGUAUUUUUACCUUGGAGCACUGGCUUGAUUUACUAAAAGACAUUCAGAGAGUUCCAGAGCUAAACCAUAAACUCUGUAGCUUGUUCAUUAUGGCGUGGUUAAUUUUCGGAGCCUUGAUGACCUGUGUUUUUAUGAUCCUUAUAAUUGAUGACUUUCAGGAAGUUCGUAACAAUCUCUCCAAAGAGGUGCAGCAAUUGAAAAUCCUGCGCAAAGCAGAGUUGUUCAAAGCAAGUCAUAUGGGAAUGUCAGCCGCUGUGUUUCAUUCACUUACAAAUUCACUUUGUUAUUUCAGUGCAAUAAGCCAAACAAACCAACUAAAGGACCACAAACCUAUCAAAGAUGAGGAAGAACAACCAAGUCCAAAUGUUAAUUCGGAUGGCCAUACCUCGAGACACGAGCUGGAGUGGGACAAGGGUCUGGAGGCAUUUAUUCAGGCGGCUGAGUUUCAGGACGACUGUGAGACAGAGUGCUGGCGUGAAGACAAUCUCUACAGGUAUUUCCAGCUGAUGGAAAAGCUCCAGCACAACCUAGAGGAGACUGACCGGCUCCAGGAUAUAUUAGUUCAGGGUUUCCUUAACCUGUAUGAAUGCUGAGAAAAGAUAGAAGAAUGCAUCAGCAAACCUGCUCUGACUUCUGUUCUGCCUCACAGGUUGAAAAAAAUCCACACAGUUCACACUCUUUCUAAUAAAUUAAUUGUGUAUAAAUUUAAAUUAUAGUUUAAAUAAUAAACCUUUUCAUCUUUAUGAUAUAUUGUAAUGAUACCUACUUGUUGGCAAUUGACUGUUUUUAAUUCAUUCUAUAAAUUAUAUAAUUAA